AUGUCUUUUCGCUUGGCACUACUGAUCGUAUUUCUCAGUUUGUGCAACGCUCGAACAAUUAAAACAAGGAUUGCUAUUCUUGGGGGUGGUAUGGCUGGUGUGACUGCUGCUCGAACGUUAGCAGCAAAUAGAAUCACUGAUUUUCUCAUCAUUGAAGCAGAAUCGGUUCUUGGAGGACGAAUGAAAGAAACUAAAUUUGGCUCAUAUACCAUUAAAUUAGGUGCUAAUUGGAUUCAAGGUAUACAGAAUAAUAAAAUUGGAAAAGUAAAACCAAUAUGGACAUUGGCAAAAAAAACAUAA